AUGUCGUCGCGACAGACGUCGCCGCAUUCAUCCGAACGAACUCCCCUGCUUUCGAGACCCGAAGACGGUUCGCGGACGAGCUACAAUGACCAAUCGGACGAUGACGACCUGCCUUCAGUGUCUGUCUCCUCCGUGGAGUCGAUAGAGAAUGGGAAGAAAAAGCAAAGCAGAUGGCCAACCAUCCUUGCUCUGUCCAUCUUAUGUGUCGGGGUUAUAGCCGCAUGUUUUGCCUUUACCCUUCCGUCGGUCAUCGAGGAAUAUGCUAAACAGAGCAUCGUGUUCGAACCGACCAACCUGUCCAUCGAUUCUUUCACAUCCCUCGGCAUCCGCGCCCGGGUACAGGGAACCUUCUACCUCGAUGCUUCACGGGUGCGCAACAAACCAACAAGGGACUUGGGCAGAUUCGGGACAUGGAUCGCACGAGAAGUUGAGAGCGGAGAGGCCAAUGUCAAGGUCUAUUUACCCGAAUAUGACAAUGUUUUGUUGGGUACAGCAACACUUCCUCCAGUCAAAGUCAAUAUCCGCAAUCAUCAUCAUAACCAUGUCGACCUCCUGGCAGAUUUGGAGCCCGGUGACAUUGAUGGCAUCCGAAGAGUUGCCAAAGAUUUUAUGGAUGGGAAGUUAAAGGCAGUCACCGCCAGAGCCGUUGCUACGGUUCCGGUUCGAAGUGGUCUCGUCAGAUUGGGCGAGCAGACGGUUGCUCAGGUCUUGAAGUUUGAGGGCCAUGAUGUCCCGAGAAUGCCGGAACCAGACAUUCGACAGGUUCGCUUCGCCGAGUACGGUGUUCCAGGCCACCCCGAAGGUUUGAAAGCCAUGGCCAAUGUUUCGGUCAAGAACGACUUUCCUCUCAAGUUCGACAUACCCACAUUGGGGUUUGAAGUACUUCUGCCGGAUUGCGAGGAUGAUUAUCUGCGUUUUGCGACCGCUAGAACAAGUGCGAUACAUAUCCUGCCGAAGCAGAACAUCACGGCAAGCGUUACUGCAUUGGUGCGUCAAUUGCCGACGUCUCUGACCAAAAUAUGUCCGAAUUCAAACACAUCGCCUUUGGAUACCUUCAUUGGAAAGUAUUUGGAAGGGAGAGAUACGACCGUGUACAUCCGAGGUGGUGAACAGGAUGAGAAUACACCGCAGUGGAUUGGGAAGAUCUUGCGCGAGACCACAAUCCCCUUUUCUCUACCUGGACACCCCUUUGACAACCUGAUCAAGAACUUUUCGCUGGCCGACGCGCACUUUUCUCUGCCUGACCCGAUCAAGGAGACACGACCCAAGAUUUCGGCGGUUGUCACAGUCCUGGUUGCAUUGCCUCCAGACAUGAAUAUAAACCUGGAUGUCGACCGAGUCAGAGCGGACGCGGAUGUUUUCUACAAGGGGGACCUGCUGGGUAAUCUGGAUCUAAGCGAAUGGCAGACAGCCAAUGCAACGAAAAUCGGCCACGACUUACUAGUUCAGUCCAUCGUCAAGGACGCACCCCUGGAAAUCAAGGACGACGCAGUCUUUGCAAAAGUCGUUAAGGAUUUGGUGUUUGGCCAUGGUGCCGCACUUUCAGUCCAUGCCAGUGUCGACGUAAGCACUCUGACUGCCUUGGGCCAAUUCGUGGUGCGCCAGAUCCCGGCGCAGGGAGAUAUCUUUGUCAACCCAGUGACCGGGAAUUUUCAAAUGCCAGAACUCAAGGGUAUGGAAGUCGUCGAUACGUCGGACACAUCAUUAAUUCUGCAGGCAACGGUUAAUCUGAUCAACCCGACCGAGUAUUCCGUCUCGAUUCCUUAUUGCAAUGUCAGUCUUUGGGUCAACGACACGCGAGUCGGAUACGCAUGGCUUUCGGCAGAUGUCAUUCCUGGUCCGAAUCAAAUCACCGCGAGAGCAGCCUGGGAGGUCGGUGCAGUGGGCGGUGAAUGGUUAUCGCAGUAUAUCUCCGGCUACAACACGACACUGACCAUCAAAAGCCACGCCGACUCGAUCCCCAACUUCCCGGAUCCGAAGGUGGAAAUGACGGUGCCGACGCCAAAGAUGUUUGGACCCAAGUUCUUGAAGGAGACGACGAUGCAUAUACUCUCGUCCACGGCCACAUUAGUCCUAGUGUCGCCCUUUGCCAUGUAUGUCACCAGUAUCGAUGCUGCAGCAUACCACAAUGGCAGCGAGAUUGGCACCAUCGCCUGGGAGUAUCCAUUCGCAAUAGUACCAGGGGAAAACCUGACCCCCCGGUUGCCCGUAGAUUGGAACAGUAAUGCAUUUGGCACAAUAAGAGACGCUCUUGGAGGGAGCUUGAAACUCGACGCCAGAGCUGACGUGGGUGUCAAGAUAGGUCAAUGGCAGGAAUCGAUCUGGUACGAGGGUCGUGGAUUGGGGGCGAAGAUUCGAUUGUGA